CACCCUGGUCCACACCAUUUCCCCUUCUUUCUUUCUCCUCUCUCUCUCUCUCUCACUCAUCCUCUCUUGCUCUCUCACUCACUCCUUUAUAUCCAUCCAACUCAUUCCCCCUCCCCAGUAGUCCCUCCACCUUCCCACCCUCUUCCCUCUUCCCCACCACCACCUUCAGCACCACCACCACCAGCAGAGAGGCUCAAAGCCUGCCCGGAUCCGGUCACCGAACCCGGUGAACCAUCAUGGCUCCUCCGCCGGACAACAGCAAGACCACCAAGCUAGAACGGUAUAACAGCUAUCUCCGGCGAGUUAAUAGCACGAAGCUCCUCGCCGCUUCGUCGAACAUUCUCUUCCGCGCCACCCUCCUCACCGCCGUCGUCCUCAUCCUCCUCUUCACCCUCCACUACCCUCCCCUCCUCGCCGGCCACCACCCCCCCGCCCACUCCCACCGCAGCCUCCUCUCCCCCUCCUCCUCCUCCUAUGGCGGCGCCGCCUGGGAGCGCGAAGUCCGGCGCUCCGCCACCCCACACCGCCCCGGCGGCCUAUUCGUCCUGGUCACCGGCGCCGCCGGCUUCGUCGGGACCCACUGCUCCCUCGCCCUGAAGAAACGCGGCGACGGCGUCCUCGGCCUCGACAACUUCAACUCCUACUACGAUCCCUCCCUGAAACGUUCCCGCCAAAACCUGCUCUCCCGCCAUGGCAUCCUCGUCAUCGACGCUGACAUCAACGACUCCAAUCUCCUCAUCAAACUGUUCGACGUGGUCCCCUUCUCCCACGUCCUCCACCUCGCCGCCCAGGCCGGCGUCCGCUACGCCAUGCGCAACCCCCAGUCCUACGUCGCCUCCAACGUCGCCGGCCUCGUCUCCCUCUUCGAGGUCGCCGCCAAGCACGCCGACCCCCAGCCUGCCAUCGUCUGGGCCUCCUCCUCCUCCGUCUACGGCCUCAACACCGCCGUCCCGUUCUCCGAGCUCCACCGCACCGACCGCCCUGCCUCCCUCUACGCCGCCACCAAGAAAGCCGGCGAGGCCAUCGCCCAUACCUACAACCACAUUUACGGCCUCUCCAUCACCGGCCUCCGCUUCUUCACCGUCUACGGCCCCUGGGGCCGCCCCGAUAUGGCCUACUUCUUCUUCACGAAAUCCAUACUAUCCGGCAAGGCGAUCACCCUCUUCAAGACCCACGACGGCGUCGGCGUCCGGCGCGACUUCACCUACAUCGACGACGUCGUCCAGGGCUGCCUCGGCGCGCUCGACACCGCCGGAAAGAGCACCGGCAGCGGCGGCAAGAAGCGCGGCCCCGCGCAGCUCAGGGUCUACAAUCUCGGCAACAAGUCGCCGGUGCCGGUGAGCAAGAUGGUCGCGAUCUUGGAGGAGUUGCUGGGGAAGAAGGCGAAGAAGAACGUCGUCACCAUGCCGAUGAACGGCGACGUGCCGUACACUCACGCGAACGUCAGCUCGGCGGAGAAGGACUUCGGAUACCGGCCGACGACCGACCUCGCCACCGGUCUCCGGCGGUUCGUUAAAUGGUACGUGGAGUACUACGGAGUGGUGGCGCCCCACGCUAAGGGGAAAGGAAAGGGGAGUGUCGGCGGGAAGGGGAGGGAUGUGGAUACAGCAAGUGUUGCAUCGGCGUAGGCUGCAACGGGCACCAUUGGGCGACACGUGGACUUUGUAACUCGUAUUAUGAUUAAUUGUUUGCUGCUGCUGUUGUUAUUAUGUUGGGUUUUAGUAGGAUUAAUUAAAGAUGAUAAUAAAGAUGGUGAUAAGGGGAUGGAUACAGCUGCCAGAAGGGAAAUUAAGAAGAACAAGGAAGAGGAGCUGGGAUUGAA